AUGCUCGCGCUUUGUGCACACACGCGUGCCCCAUCUACCGUAGUUCUGCACAAACGUCGGAAAAAGAAGCCUCUCAUCAUGUCAACUGAAGUGAUCAGCGAAAUUCCCGAUCCACAAGCACAAUCACAGGAAGAUGCAAACAAGGAACAACAAGCGGAUCCGGCCCAGAAGCAACUUCUCAACUAUGUGUUUCGAUCGAUGAAAAGGACCUACGAUUUAUUUGCCACCGAUUACACAAAAUAUCCAGAUGUUGAUGACUCUGAUAACACGAUGAUGAAGCAGUUCAAAAAGCAAGGCGAAUACAAAGGCGUUUUGCGCCACGUCGAAGAAGAAAAACGAAAGAAAGAGGAGGAAAUCAUGCAGUUGCCCACAUCAACUAAAAUUUCUGGUACCGUUAUGAAAUCUGGAACCGAUACUUUGGCAAUCACAGCCGGUGAUGGUGGUGCACAAGGAGCAAAGAAGACAGGACAAGGACAACUACUAUCUGUGCUACCUGUUGGUUCACAGUCUCGAGCCGAAGACAACACAACGAAAGCUCUUCUGCCCUCAAAAGCUCCGAUGAUGAUCAAACCAAAGUGGCACGCUCCAUGGAAACUUUAUCGAGUGAUUUCAGGACACACUGGAUGGGUAAGAGCUGUUGAUGUUGAGCCUGGAAACGAAUGGUUUGCAACUGGUGGAGCGGAUCGUAUCAUCAAAAUCUGGGACUUGGCCAGUGGUCGCUUGCGGCUCUCACUUACCGGUCACAUCAGCUCGGUGCGUGCGGUGAAAGUCUCCCAUCGAAAUCCGUUCCUUUUCAGCGGUGGUGAAGAUAAACAGGUGAAAUGUUGGGAUCUCGAGUACAACAAAGUUGUGCGGCACUAUCACGGCCAUUUGAGUGCCGUGCAAGCAAUCGCUGUUCAUCCAACACUUGACAUACUGGUGACGACGGCUCGUGAUGCUACUGCCAGGGUUUGGGAUAUCCGAACAAAGGCUCAAAUUCAUUGCUUGAGUGGACACACGAAUACAGUAGCCGAUGUAGUGUGUCAGUCAACCGAUCCGCAGGUUAUCACCGCGUCUCACGACUCGACCGUUCGUUUAUGGGACCUCGCCGCCGGAAAAACUAUGUGCACGCUCACACAUCACAAGGUUCGUGUUUUUUUGACUUCCGAUUUAUUGGAACCAUCAAACGAACCAAUGAGAUCAUGUAGCCAUUUAUUGGAAUGUGAUGCG